GUUUCUUUUGCCAAUUCUAACCUCAUAUUUUUUAUAUUAAAUAUAUAUUAUAUAAAUAUUUAUUAUGUUUCCCACAAGUACGCAGUGUAAAUAUUGGAUGUUCAGUAGUGAAGAUGAACUUAAUAAACUUAGGGAAAAGGCUAAUAGUAAACAUAUCCAAAUAUAUGGUCGACAAGCACCAGAUAUUCCCAAACAUGAUUAUUUUUUAACACCGGAAGAAGAGAAGACAAUGGUCAAACGCUAUGAACUUCACCUGAGAGAUUUCUGUAAAAGAUUUCAACCUCCCAUGCCAAGAUAUGUUGUAGGAACUGCAUUUCAUUAUUUCAAAAGGUUUUAUAUACAUAAUUCGGUAAUGAAUUUUCAUCCAAAAGAAAUAAUGGUUACUUGUAUUUAUUUAGCAUCUAAAGUAGAAGAAUUCAAUGUAUCUAUUCAACAAUUUGUGGCAAACAUUAAAGGAGAUAGAGAUAAGGCUACAGAUAUUAUAUUAAAUAAUGAAUUGUUGCUCAUGGAACAGCUCAAUUUUCAUUUGUCCAUUCAUAAUCCGUAUAGACCAGUGGAAGGGUUAUUAAUUGAUAUUAAGACUAGAACUACCCUUCACGAUCCUGAAAGAUUGAGACCAGGUACUGAACAUUUCCUAGAGAGAACUCUUUUAACAGAUGCUAUUUUACUGUACUCCCCUAGUCAGGUGGCUCUAGCAGCAGUGUUACACGCAGCUUCCAAGCUUCAGGAAAAUUUGGAUUCUUAUGUCACUGAUACACUUUUUGGAGUAGAUGGGCGUGACAAAUUGAGUGAAUUAAUUGAAGCUGUUAGAGCUAUUAGAUCCAUGGUAAAAAUGACGGACUCGGUGCCAGAUAAAAAUCAACAGAAGAUCUUAGACAAAAAGCUCGAAAAAUGUAGAAAUCCGGAUAACAACCCAGAUAGUGAAAUUUACAAGAAGCGUAUGCAAGCUUUGUUGGACGAAGACGAUGAACUGUACAAUGCGAUAUCAGCGCAAAAUACUUCUAUGGAUACAUCUACGCUUAAUAUAUAAGUUCUUCCGCUCUGAAAUUAGGAUAAGGACAAAAUUUACAUUUAGGUUUGAAAUAAUUUUGUGAUAUAGAAUUUUUCAUAAUUAUUUAAAAAUUUCUUUUCAACUACGCUAAUAAAAUAA